GCAAGUGAUAAAUAAGAUAAGUAGCCCCAAUAGAAGCCCAAAAUGAAGCCCAAAUUGAAAAAAAAAUCAGAUUAGCAGCCAAAUCCAAAUAACUGGUUACGCUAACCAGAAAAUCGCCGACACCAAGAGAGAAGAGACGAGAGAGCCUUAUCGUCGUCACCAACGGACGAGAGAGAGAACCAGAAUUGCAUGCACUGGCUUGCCCAGUCCGUAUUUUGCAUGGGAAUAGAAGAGACUCUAUUUCUGAUUGUAGAAUCAAUUGUUUUUAAGAUCGAAUCAAGAGAGAGCGGGAAUCUGCACUAGGAGCUCUUCAAACUGAGGAGAAGGGAGAUCGCAUCCUCCUCCACGCCACAAAGAAGCCACUGGAGCAUUACGACCAUUGGGUCAAUCUAGAAGCUACAGUUACGACCAUUGACAGUUUUCAGCAUUCAAACUCAUAA